UUAUCGAUAAUUCACAUCUGACUCAGUAUUGAUUUUUUGUGAAGCGACAACAAAAAUAAUAAGAAGACAAAGUAAACUCAAUUCCUUAGUGCAAAUUUAGUCAACAACCAGCGAAAUGCAUUCCGCCUUGCUGCUGCUGGUGCUGCUCUACGUAGCCGUUGCCCAAUCCAGUAAUAUCACAAAUAUUGUAUUUGGUGAUAUUAAGGAAGGAGUAGUGGCAGCUUUUGGUGACUUUAACUCCGAUGAACUUACGGACGUAUUCGUCAUUCAGGACGACAGAAAAAUGCUACAAAUACUAUUUGGCUUUGAUACGGAACCACUGCUGCGACCUGGUCCUAACUGUUACUUUGGUUCUAGAAGGAUUGUCAGUGUAAUACCCGGUGACUUUGAUGGCGAUGCGCUGAUGGAUGUCCUGGUCAAUGUGGAGAAGAGCAAUGGUAUAUAUGACGUUUACAUAAACUGGGGCAAUACCACCACGCUGAGUUGCGCCAAGGAGCCAGUCAUCCAAACGAAAGGCGAAGCAAUGGCCCUCGAUUUUAACCGCGACAUGAUCAUCGAUUUGUAUGGACUGAAUGAAACAAAUGAUACGCGAUGCUUCUGGAUAUUCAAUAACAAACGUGAGCCCCCACAGGCCGUGCACCAGGCAAUGCCCACUGGUGGCAACACGCAAACUCUGACCAUACCCAAUGCGAAUGCGUAUUUGGAUUUGAAUGGCGAUUAUCUGGCCGAUCUGUUUUUGCAAACCAAAACCGGGUACGAGAUUUGGUAUGGCGUCAAUGAGCCCGACGGCGAGAACUUUAGCUAUCAGCACACCAUAACCUACGAGCUGGUGGGUAGCAACGGUUACGUAGUCGGUCAGGCCAUCUUUAUGGACUUCGAGUUGCGCGGCGUACAAAAUAUUGUGGUGCCGUUUUGCGUGCAGGAAAAUUGCAAAAACUCGACAAUACUUGUGCAUGAUGGCAACAUGUUUUAUGAUGUGCAUGUCAACUUUAAGGAUCCACAAGGCGUCACAUGGGCAUUUGUGCCGCCCAACCCCAAUGAUGUCUACUUGAAGACAAUUACUGCGCGUAUGGGCGACUUCAAUUUGGAUGGCUAUCCAGAUUUGCUGGUCACCCUGCAACCGUUGAGCGUUUCAAAGCCGAUAAUGCAGACGUUUCUGUUGGAGAAUGUGGCGUGCAAGACGUGCAGUAAGAAAUUCAAACGCACCUUUGAGGUGCGCUGGAAUGCUUUGUGGCCCAUGGGUAAUAAUACAGUCGCUGGUGCAUUCUAUGACUUUUACCAGGAUGGUGUCUUGGAUGUGAUACUGAUGGAGAAACAAGCGAAUGGAAAUUAUCGUCCACUUGCAUUUCGCAAUACUCUCGAUUAUGAUGCCAAUUUUGUGAAGGUAAUUGUGCUAACAGGUCUGGUGAAUCCACAGAAUCCCACAUCGCGCACAACGCUUGGCCGUAAGAAGCGCACAUAUGGCAGCAAUUUGCCUGGUCCGAUUAUUACGUACAUCACAACCACACAGGAUGGUGAUCAGCAAAUUGGCAGCAGUGUCCAAUUGCCGCAAUCAUCCUAUUUUGCACUCCAGUUGCCAUACACAUGCUUUGGCCUCGGUCGCACCCCCAAUUUUGUGGAUCAAUUGGUGGUGGGGCUGUAUGGCAAAUUUCACAACUGGACACAGCUAAUACCCAACUCUCAGAUCAUAGUUGUGCCCAAGCCGCUCGAUGAUUCGCAGCACUGGAAGGCGUUGCUCUUUGUCACGCCCAGCAAACUGAUUCUAAUGAGUGUUGUGGCCUUGGGUGGCACUUGCCUGGUGAUUGUGCUCAUCAUAUUGGUGCUCUACAUUAAGGAGAAACGCGAGGAUAGGCAGGAGCGUUUGCAAGAGUCGCACAGAUUCCAUUUCGAUGCGAUGUAAGCGAUUACACCAACUGGCAUACAUAAAUGCGACACAAGCAAAUUUAGCGCAGUUGCUUUAUUUUAUAAUUAUC